AUGGAUUCGGAUGCUACUUUUCGUGACUGGAAUCGGGUACCCGCAUGCUCAACCGAAGCCGGCCUAUGCGUCAUUUAUGCUCACGUGGAAAAAAGGCAUCCGAUGACUCAUCCCUUGUCACCCCACCAUUCGCUUAGCCCCGUUACGCGACACCUCUCAGCACUUUUAUCUGACCAGCGCCCUAUCUCCUCACCUCGAGGCGUCAGACCCAAUUUCACAUUUCACCAGCAUUCUCCUCUCGCGCACACACGCACACACGCACGCCAACACAACUCGUCAGUCUGA